UUGAUUGGUGAAGUUUACGAGGUAGUACCUUCCAAGUUUUUUCAUGAAAGCUGCUAAAAAAAUAGGGAUUACGUGCGGGCGAAGGUUUUACUGUUAUGAAUGGUAAGAGUUCUGAUUCUGAGAGAGUAUACUAGCUAUUCUUGAGGUUUUGUGUUAUUGAAAAAGUUUAGUGUAUACUACCUAUUUUAUCAAGCGCAUCCUCAAUUCUUAUCUACCAAUUAGAGAUGGAAGCUAUAGUUGGAGGAGCUGUAGCUGGAAAAAUUUGCGAGAUGACUCUUCAGAUGACAGUUCAAAAGUUAUCCGCACAGAUAAGCCUUGUCACAAACUUCCAGAAAGACUUUGAAUGGUUGAAGAGAAAACUUGGAUAUAUGAAGGGAUUUCUCAAGGAUGCCGAGCAACAGUGCAGACAAAAGGAGAGUGUGAGGCAAUGGUUACAAGAUGUUCGAGACAUUGCCGUACGUGCAGAGGACAUAUUAGAGCGAUGUACUGCACAGCCUCUCUACACUAGCAGACUUCAAUCUGUUUUCACUGGUAAUCACAUGGGUUUUCGUUACAAAUAUUCACGAAAAAUCAGUAAGAUCAAAGCUAGAAUUAAGCUCCUUAUUGAGGAGGGAUGGCAAUUAAAGGUUGCUAAUGAUGUUUCGUCCGGAGAAGAAGCAUCAAGCAGCACUUUACGAAGAGCAUACUCAAAGAGAUCAAGUAUUGUGCCAAUAGAUUCACAUCCAGUGGGUAUAGAGGCCAAGGUUGAGCACUUGGUAAGCUUGUUAGAGAGGCCUGCAGUUUCUGUUAUAGCCGUCGUUGGAAUGGGCGGCUUAGGGAAGACUUAUCUUCUCCAACAUGUCUACAGUGUGGUCAAAUAUAGGUUCGAGAAAUCUAUUUGGCUUUCAAUUUCUCAAUCCUUUUCUAUUUCUAAGUUGCAGAAUGACUUAGCCUCUCACUUAAAUAUAAAGGAUAAAAUUCAAGGAGUUUCUGAACAAAGAGCAGAGGAAUUGAUUAAUGCCCACUUGAAAGAAAAAAAGAUUGUGAUUGUUCUGGAUGAUGUGUGGAAGCCCAUCAAAGAGGGCAAUUUGAUAAAGAGACUUGGUUUGACAAUUGGGCAAAACUGCAAACUUGUGAUCACAACUAGAAACAGAGAAGUUUGCAGAAAUGUGAAGGCAGAAAUUUAUGAGAUGGAACGUUUGAGUGAAGAAGACAGUUGGAAACUGUUUUGUAUUUAUGGGUUUCCAGAGGAUGAGGGAAACAGAGCACCCGAGCACCUUCUGGAUGUAGCCCGCAAUAUUGCAAAGGAAUGUGGAAACCUGCCCUUGGCCAUCAAGACAACUGCAGCAUCUCUGGCAGGCUGCAGAUCCCGAAGGGAAUGGGACUCCAAACUAAGUCAGCUUAAAGAGGUAUCUACUCUCAAUAAACCCUUGGAAGUCCUCAAAUUGAGCUAUGAUUGCUUGCCUGCACAUCUUAAGGCUUGUUUUGCUUAUCUGUCUUUCUUCCCUGAGGAUGAGAAAAUAGACUGCGAGUACCUGGUAAAUCUUUGGAUAGCAGAAGGUUUCAUUCCAGAUGGAAAAGACCAGUGGGAUAUUGGAUGGAAAUGUUUAAAUGAGAUUGCCAAUCUUUGUUUAGUUGAAAUAGUGGAAGAAGAAUGGGAGGGAUCAGAUCAUGAUUCUGAUAUUCAAGUUGAACUUGAAGUCAAAAAAUAUUGCAGAGUUCAUGAUUUAUUUCUUGAUUUGGCGGUGUAUAUAUCUAAAGAAAACAAAUGUGCUUUCAAAAUUGAAAACGCCUUCAAAGAAUUCCCUGCCAGGAACAACAGUGUUGAUUGGUGCAGGGUUUUGUUGCCCAAGAAAUGGAUAGAUGAUAAGGUCCUGCUAAAAAGCCGCCUUGCAUUUUCUCCCAAACUUCUCCGGACAUUAUCAUUGUCUGACAAUCGCAUAGUUAACAUCCCCCCCAAAAUUUUAAUGAAUAUGAAAGUACUGCGGGUUCUUGACUUGAGCAGGAAUGGCAUCAGUACGUUGCCUGAUUGUGUUGAAGAUAUGAAGCUUCUCAAAGUUUUGAACUUAUCGAGCACAUGGAUUACGGAGGUACCAGGGUGCGUUAGAAGUUUGAAGAGUCUUCUCUUUCUCGAUGUUUCUUUUUGCUCUAGCUUAAGGCAGAUACCAGUGUGGAUAGGUAAACUGAAAUGUCUUCAGCAUAUCAAUACAGUGCAAUCUCCUCUCAUUAAUACUUUGCCAAAUGGAAUUUUAAAUCUCAAGUCUCUCCGGACACUCAGAUCUCGUCGCUUGCGCCUCUCUGUCAGAAAUGAUUCAGAGUUGAAGUUACAGGAUGUUCGUAGUAUGUUUCAGCUGCAAGAAUUAAGCAUAUGCCUUCACACAGAAUCGCAAUUACAAAGUAUAAAAGAAGGGAUUUUGGGGAAGUUGGUAAGGAUGCGCCAUCUCACUGUUGAGAAUUGUCUUCCAUUCCCUGAUUGCCCGUUUCCGGAGGAACUGGAGAUUAUGAGAGAUCUUGAAACAUUACAGCUACACAAAUUUGCUGUGACAAGUAGUUUAUGCAGUUUUGUGGAUCUUAGGGAACUCAGGUUACAAAGAUGUCAUUGGAAUAGUUAUCCAGAAUUCCAGAAAAUGCCAAACUUAAUGAGUUUGCAGUUGGAUAGUAACAUAAGCUGCACAGAGAUACCAGCGGCUUUUGGAAAGUCGGGCGGGUUUCCAAAACUUCGGUUCAUGCUGAUUAGAGAUUUCCCUGGGCUGGACGAGUUUCCUGAAUUGGAAGAUGGAGCCAUGCCACACCUCGAGGUUUUUAAGCUACACAAGUGUCACAAUCUGAGCGAAUUAAGGGGAUUGGAGAAAUUGAAAAUGCUCAAGGAGUUCAACUAUCAUCGUUCAUUUGGAUUAUGGUUUAGGCUACAGGAAGGAGGGCAAGAUUGGCGAGAAGUUAAAGCCCGUAAUCCGCAGGUAAUCAUCACCCACAGGCACAGGCGUUAUGUUUAACAAAUUAUCAGCUCCAUUAAAAAUAGAUGUAGAGAUAUUUGCCAUGACAUGUGUUGAUGGUAUGUGUAACUUUAUAUCUAUUAUUUUUUAUAUGCUUUGAAUUAGAUUUUAUCAAAUGGACAUUAAUGUAAUGAUUAGUUUACAACUAUCAUAUAUUUGAUAUACUUGAUGUAUGGUUUUAUAUAUUUCAAUGUA